AUGGAUCCCAUGUUCAAUGGGGAGUGGAAACCCUCCGAAAUAGAGAUGGCAAAAUCACUCAUCGUUAGGCACAACAACAACAACAACAACAAUGGCUACUACGACGACACCAACAAGAAGCACUAUGACAUUGUGGAUGUGCUUCAAGCAAGGUUCCCUUGGAAGGAGAAGCAUCAGGUAACCGACUUGUACGUUGAUCUUGUGGUGGGGAUGAUGCAGAUGACGCAGUGCCAAGAGAAGAGCGGCACCGGCGACACCUUCGACCAGGCUACGGCGGUGGGCAGUGACCUCGUGAACAACAACUUUGGGAUGCCGGUGGAGGAUCCAAACAUGGACAACAUGGAGAUGUUGCUUGGUUCUUUGACUAAGGAGACAGGGGCCAUGAAGACAGCGGAGGCGGCGGCGCCGGAGUGGCAGUUCGCUCCUCAGCCGGUGAGGCACACGGGGAGGUUUUGGACAACGGAGGAGCACAGGUUGUUCCUCCGCGGUCUGCGCGUGUACGGCCGUGGCGAUUGGAAGAACAUCUCCAUGUACUUUGUCAAAACCAAGACGCCGGUGCAGGUCUCCAGCCACGCGCAGAAGUACUUCCGUAGGCGGGAGAGCGCCACCAGGAGGCAGCGCUACAGCAUCAACGAUGUCGGUCUCUACGACGCAGAGCCCUGGGUGCAGAACUCUUCCGGCUGGGAGACGCUCGCCUACGCCGGCGGCGGCUACAACCCGAGCGGCGCCGGAGGUCAGGGUUCAACCCAGCGCGCCGCCAUGAACAACCUGGCCCAGGUCUGGUCGCCCUUCCUUUACCGCGCCGACCAGGCGAGCAGCAGCCAGACGGCCUGGAAUGGUGAUCUGCAGAUGGUAGUGGCUCCUCCAGCAGCUCCGGUAAUGACGGGGGCAGGGAGCCAGACGGCCUGGACUGAUGAUCAGCAGGGAGCUUUUGCUCAUCAGCAGUGGAUGAACAACAUGUACUAG